AUGUUCAUUAUAUUAUUAAUGUUAUUGCCAUUAUUUGACGCCGCGUAUAUCAUAUCACUUUACGGGGACGUUUAUAAGGACGUCGAGUUCUUCACCAGGACUUUUCCAUGGAUAAUAGAUAAUAUUGGAGGGGAGAUUUCUGUGGAUUAUUACAUGCAAGGCAGUGGAAGGUACUCCGUGCCGCAUAUGUGUGCGUUGAAUGAAUUGAAGUUGAAUACAUUUUUACAAGCGCAGUAUUUGAAGUGUGAGGCUGAAGGUAAACCAAGCGAAUCUUGUCUAUGUGAAGCCGGCGUUGACCCCCAAAAGUACAAACAUUGUGUUCUAAGUAGAGGAAGCUAUGCCAGUCUUUCUGCCUCUAAAUACAACCAGCUCAGCAUCGACGCGAGUCCAAUUAUAGAACUGGGUUACAGGAACACAGUCUUCGGAGUAGAAGACAGUUGGUAUCUAAAGAAAAUAUGCACGAUCUUUGGCGAUAACCAACCACGUGGUUGCAGAAAACCUUUCGCUUGUAAUUCAACUGAAUUUGAAAAUGAGAAAAGGGGCAUUGUGAAUUUCAAAUGUCCUGAAUGUUACAAUUUGAAUAUGAAGUUGAAAGUAGAUCAAGACGAAUUGAACGUUACUACAACUACUACAACUACUUCAACUACACCGUUCUAUAAAUAA